AUGAAGAGUUUUUUGUUUUUUAUUUUUCAGAAGAAUUUCGCUUUCGAGAGCGAGCCUGAAAGGAGAGAUUACACAGCAGCUGAGAAGCAACACUGGUCCCAACUUUGCAAGACGAUUGAAAACUUGCCCGGAAAUGGAAGCGGCUUUAUUGAAAAACUCUACCGAGGGAAGAGUCUAACAGUUUUGCGAGAGAAACUCGACAGGGCGAAAGAUCCAAACAACCAAAUAUCCUUCCAAGACUUGUACGAUGAUUCGUACUCCGGCGAAGAGGAAAUUGAAGAGCCCGAAGAUUUUCAAUACGAUCCCAACAACUACUAUAUGAACAUGGACAUAGACAUGUCUCUUCCAGACGUACCAAUUCCUCUUGAAGAAGAAAACGAAAUAGAGGAAGAAGUAGAAGAAAUAGUCGAGCCUGAGAAAGUAACCGAGGGUCGAAUAGGAGUACGAACAGUGCCCAUCACACGAACGACUUUUCCUGUGACGAGUUCAACGAUGAAAACAGAAACUGUCGAAGAGAGCACGCAAGAAUCGCAUCUUACCCCGAGUGAAAUUCGCAAAAACCGUCAACAAGCCCGGGCAGAAUGCAAGCGAAAAUUUGUUGCCAAGUCGCCAGAGCUGCAAGAUUGCCUUUUUCAGGCGAAUAAUCGCGAGGGAAACAGUGAGGCGAGUAUCAGAAAAGCGAGGCAUAUUUUGCCGGAUAUUUACGGAACGAAGAAGCCAGCAGACCAGUUAUUUACAGUUGAAGAGAUAAACUCUUGGAAAAAUCAAGUCGCAACUGUUUUAAGCCGGAGGAAACGAGAGGAUGGAAAUUUUGAAGCCGAAGACGAAAUAAAUGAAACUGAAAUUGAUAGAGAGCGAAAACUAAAAUAUCGAGAAUAUUAUGGUCAAAAUUGGAUAGAUGUUCUUCUUCGAAAGCUAGAAAAUGGACUUCAAGACGCUGAACUUGCAGAUGCGCUGGAUAGAAUUAGUCAGUUUAUCAUGGGACCGGAUGCUUACAAAAAACUCAAAGUGGAGGCAACAGAAGACUUCAAGCGCUACAAACACAAGUCCUGCAACGUGACUUCGGCGGACUUUUGGCUUUUGGAGCAAAAUCGUCCGCUGUAUCAAAUGAAGAGAAGAUCACGAAGUGGCGUUCCUGAGCUGAUUUUGGACGAGAGGCCGAGCAAAAUCAGCUCCGCGCUGGAGUUCGGCAAGAUUUUGAUAGAAGACGGAAAGCCGAAGGAAGUUACCUACAUAAGGAUUCAGGAAAAGAACCCGAUCACCGUCACAAACACAAUUGUCGCAAUCCUUGGCUCGUUGAUGGGCUUCCUGGUUUUGUGCGUGGUGGUCCUCGUAGCUCGCCACCACGGGCGCAAUAUCGCGCGCAGUCUUGACCCGACGCGCCCUCGAGCGAACGCCCGAAACACGCAGGAAGAGCAACAGCAAGACGCAAUGAUCGCCGAGAAACAAAUUGAGGGAACGUCAACUUAUCAAAAGCGAAAGCAACUGAGGAAAAACCAAGUUUUACCCGGCGGAGCUGACCACUCCAUGCCAAGACUUUCUCACUAA